AUGGAGAACUUCAGGGAAGGAUUGGAGCCAGUGAGUCCCUAUGGACACUACUUCAACAGCUCUGAACUAUAUGUAUCUAUUAUUGGUGUUUUUGAAUAUGAGAUACCCAUCAACCUCGUCCAUGCCAUGUCAUGGCUCGAGAAUGUUUUCCUCCCCAUCCAUCCACGCUUCUCCUCAAUCAUGGUUACAAAUGAAAAGGGUGAGAAAAAAUGGAAAAUGGUUGAAGUGAAGCUUGAAGAUCAUGUUAACGUCCCUAUUAUCCCAACUGGCUUGUCACCCACAGCAUACGAUGAACAUCUUGACGACUGCAUUUCAAAUAUUGGAAUGGAGAAGUUCCCACAAAAUAAACCGAUGUGGGAAGUUCAUAUAUUUAACCAUCCAACAAGCAAUGCAGCUGCCACUCUCAUAAUCAAGGUCCACCAUGCGCUUGGCGAUGGCUACUCAGUCAUGAGUGCACUUCUUUCUUGUGUGCAAAGGGCUGACAAUCCUUCACUUCCGCUCACAUUGCCUUCACGCCGGAGCACAGAAGCACAAAGUGGAAACAAAAGUGCUUGGGCGAGAGUGACUCAACUCUUUUCCUUGGCCUUGAACACUGCAUCAGAUUUUGGAUGGAGCUUUUUGAAGAGCACUUUGGUUGAAGAUGAUCUAACGCCGAUAAGGUCUGGGGCUGAAGGAGCCGGGUUUUUGCCACUCACGUUAUCAAGCAUGACAUUCUCUCUUGAUCGUAUCAAACACAUUAAGACCAAGCUUGGAGUGACGGUGAAUGAUAUAAUUGUUGGGAUAAUCUUCUAUGGCACCCGGUUAUGCAUGCAAGAGAUAAGCCAUAAAUCAAGCAAUUCAAAUUCUACAGCAUUGGUGUUGCUCAACACUAGGAAAGUUAGGAACUAUAAAUCAAUCAAGGAGAUGGUGGGAGACUCAGAGGCACCAUGGGGGAACCGAAUUGCCUUCUUGCAUGUACCAAUACCAAAGUUUAAUGAUCCUAAAUCCUCAAACCCACUUGAGUAUGUGUUGGAAGCACAAAAGAUAAUCAAGAAGAGGAGAACCUCAUUAGGUGUUUAUUUCACUGAUAGGCUUUUGGACAUUGUGAAGAAACUUAAAGGCCCAGAGGCAGCUGCUAGAUAUGUCCAUGGGACAUUGAGGAACUCCAGUAUGACGAUCUCAAACAUGAUUGGGCCAAUGGAACAAGUGACUAUGGCUAAUCAUCCGCUUAAAGGCUUUUAUUUUAUGACACCUGGUUUAGCUCAAAAUCUUACUAUAACAAUAGUAAGUUACAUGGGAAAUCUGAGGGUUACUGCUGGGAUUGAAAAAGGACUCUUAGAUCCCCUAAAGUUCAAGUCAUGCGUGGAAAAUGCCUUUCAGAUGAUGCUCAAAGCCGCAGAUGAGGCAGCUGCUAGAUAUGUUCAUGGGACAUUGAGAAACUCCAGUAUGACGAUCUCAAACAUGAUUGGGCCAAUGGAACAAAAUCUUACUAUAACAAUAGUAAGUUACAUGGUAAAUUUGAGGGUUACUGCUGGGAUUGAAAAAGGACUCUUAGAUCCCCAAAAGUUCAAGUCAUGCGCGGAAAACGCCUUUCAGAUGAUGCUCAAAGCCGCAGAUGAGGUUCCUGCACACAAAAAGUUUUAA